GUUUCUAUUAUUUCCCUAUUUUGUGGUUGUAUAUUGCUCGGUUACAAAAGGAUAACAAAGUUUAUCAACCGAUUGCUUAAAUACUUCAUCGUGAUUUAGAAAUUGUCGUUUCUGUUGGCACUUAUGAAAAUUCAGCCUCUAUAUUUAUUUUAGUUUAUGGCUUCUGAGAAAUUCAGGUUUGUGUCAGGCUAGAUAUGUAUCUGAGUUUCAGUCAGGGUCAAACCUCAGCUUCUUUUUUUUUUUUUCUAAUGAAAGAGGCUUUUAUUAAAUAGCACAAACGGAAGUUAUUACAUUAUGGUAACUGAACGUAUAGUUCCAGUUCCAUAGAGGUCUUCCUUUAGUUCAUUAAGGAUAAAGGGGUGGGUAUACAAAAACCAAAACGUUUUUUCCCAUGGCUGGAUCUCUGCCUUUCCCAUAGCAGGCCGGUUUAUAUGCUGCAACAUUAGCUUCCCUAAAGAUGUGGCACACCUGUGGGCUGCCCAGCUUCUCCAUUAGUUGCCUGCAAUCUAUUAACAUGUGUGAGAAAGCUAGAUUAUUAGACGAUAAUAGUUGAAUCAAUACCCGUGAAUCAGUUUUCACAAUAAGUGGAACUAAGUUGUGACUAAGUGCCAGCCUUAAACCAUUGUAAAAGGCCAGUAUUUCCAUAUGAAUGGCAGAGUAUGUUUAGUUGUAAUUUGCAUAGCCAAUGAUACAGUCACCAUUGUGGUUUCGAAUAAGUCCACCACCCCCUCCUGCUUUACUAUUUUAAUCGUAAGCACCGUCUAUAUUUAGCUUGGAGAAUCCAUUUGGAGGAGGUUGCCAUCGAAUUGAUUUCUUUUGAUAAGAGUUUUUUGUGGGGUGAUUAUGGACAAAGUGGAGGUACUCCAUAGCUUGGAAAGUUAUGUCUAUGUGUUAUUGGAGCAAUAGAGGUCCGUAAAAGGAUUUGAUUCCUAUUUUUCCAGAUAGCCCAAAGAAUAAUAGGAGUUAAGAUGGGUAGUGGGGCCUUUUUAUUAUUACAGUCCAUUGAGUUGGUGUUGUACAAAGAGAGAGGAUUGUAGGUUCCAAUUGGUUUUGGGGGAUAUGUAUGUUGAAUUGAUCCCAUAAGGCUUUUGGUUUAGGGCAUGUUAUGAAUAAGUGGUCAAUUGUUUCAGUAGUGUUUGGGCAUGAAGCACAAGUGUUUAAUCGUAUAAUGUUUUCGAUUAAAUAAGUUUUCCGCUGUGGGUAAUUUGUUAUUAAAAAGUAGCCACAAGAAGAACAUUAUUUUAUUCGAAGUAUGGGUUUUCCACACACAUUCAUGGGAGGGGGAGAAAGGGAGGUGAGAAUUAUUAGAGUCUUGUAAGUACAUAUGGUAGGCUGAUUUUGUAGAGAAUAAACCUAAGGUUGCAUUUUUCCAAAAGAAGGAGUCAUUUUUGGGUUCUGAAUCUUGAAUGUAAGUAUUAUUAAUUUGGUGUAUAAUAUUCAUGGUAACGUCCAUGGGAAGUUCCGAAAGAUCCCACUUAUUAUUGGGAAGGAUACUUUGGACAGUUUUUGUUAUAUUUAAUUCUAUGAGGGGACCAUGUAUAAGAGACCUUAGGGAGUCAUUUGACCCAACCCAGUUAUCUUCCCAGAGUUUAAUACUGGAGCCGUUCAAUAUUCCAAGCGGUUCCUUUAUGGAAUGUCGAAAUAUUUUUGAUAAUACUUUUCCAGAUGUAGGAGUCAGAUGGUUUCAUUUUAAAAUCAUUUUGCGGAUAGCGUGAUUGAUAUUUUCCUUUUAAAACUCUAACCCAAAGUUGGCAUGGAUUUAAAAUAAAACGCCAAGUCAGGCUAGAGAGUAGAGCUGAAUUUUUUCCAUUAGUUUUAGGGAUUCCCUAUCCACCCAUAGACUUGGGAAGUGUCACAGUUUCCCAAUUUGCUAGAUGGAUUCUUCUCUUGUUUGCAGUGGAACCCCAAAGGAAGUUGCAUUGAAUACGGUCAAUUUUUUCUAUACAAUUUUUUGGUAAUAAGUUUAUUUGCAUUGCGUAACUAGGGAUUGUUGCUAAAACUGUUUUUAUGAGUGUAGUAUGCCCUGCAAGGGAUAGUUGUUUUGCCUUCCAUCCUGGUAGACGGUUAUUCAUAUGAUCGAUAAUGUAUUGGUAGUCAGUGCUUUUUGGUUGGUGAUUAGCGAUGGGUAGACCUAAGUAGUUACCAAACUUUGACGAGGGGGUCAUGUUGAGUGAGUUUGCUAUAUUUUUUUGGGCAUUUAGGGGCACAUUUUUGGAGAAGAAAACUUUUAAUUUUGAAAAAUUAACUUUUUGACCCGAAGCAGUUGAAAAUAUUAAUAAUCGUAGAAGUAUUUUUAGUGUCAGCUCUUGCAAAAAGUACUAAAUCAUCUGCAAAUAGUAGAUGCGAUAUCUCUGUUGACACCCUACCAAUUCGUAUGGGUCCCAAAGCUUUUGGGUAAUAGCUUGAUUUAUUAAACGUGUCAAAGAUUCUAUGCAAAUAAUGAAUAGAGAAGGGGAUAAAGGGUCGCCUUGCCUAAUUUCUCUACUUGGGUUGAAUGAGUUGGAUGGUUUGCCAUUUAUUAAGAUGGAUAUGGACGAGGUUGUGACGCAAGACAUUAUAAGGGUAAUUAGUUUAGGAGGAAAAUUUAGACUAGCUAAAGAAUAUCUAAUAAAGGACCAUUCUAGACGGUCGAAAGCUUUUUCAAGAUCAACUUUCAGCAUCAUAUGACCUGCUCUACCCUUAGCUUUGUUGGACGUAUGAAUGGAUUCCUGGACAAUAAUACUGUUAUCAGUAGCCUUGCGUCUUGAGAUGAAGCUACAUUGGUUUGGACUAAUAAUUUUAUCUAGUAGUGGUCUGAUGCUGUUGACUAUAAUUUUUGUGAUUGUUUUGUAAAUCGUAUUGCAGAGAUUGAUGGGUCUAUGUUGAGUGAUCAUUUCUGGGUUGUUAACUUUAGGGAUGAGGGUGAUGUAAGUAGAAUUAAUUUCAGGAGGAAUGUAGAAUGAGGAGAAUGCGUCCAUGCAAGUUUUGCUAACAGCACAGUUAGUGUCUUCCCAGAAUUGUUGGAGAAAUAGAGGAUUGAGGCCAUCGGGUCCCGGUGCUUUAAGAGGUUUAAAGGAUUUGAUAGCGCGUUGAAUCUCGAAUGCUGAUAGGGGUCUUAUGAGGUUCAAUUGAUCUUCAUAUGUUAGGGAGUUAAUAUUUCUGGGAAUGAAUUCUUUUAACGCUAGAGGUUAGUUCAGUAGAGUACAUUUCCUUAAAAUGAUUUAUGAUAGUAGAAAUUACAUCUUGGUCCAAACUCCAGUUACCAACAAUGUCAGUUAGGCCAAGAAUCCUGUUUUUGCGUCGUCUAUGGACUGUAGUUGUGUGGAAAAACUUUGUAUUGGCAUCACCUUCAUUCAGCCAUUUGAACUCUAGAUUUUAGCUUCCAAAAAUCUUCCUCUUGACGAAGAAUAUUAUUGUAGUAAAAAAUAAGCUUUGUUUCCAGGUUGUGGUGGAACACGUGUUUGUGAUUUGGAUCUAUCUUCUGAAGACCUUCAAUUCUAGCUACUAGCUUGUUUUUUUUAGUAAAAAUAUUACCGAAGCAAGUAGAGUUCCAUUGUUGUGCGAUUUUUUUUGAAAGUAGUUACUGCGUUGUUGUAGUCUAGAUUUGAGUGCCAGCAUGAAGAGACUAAAUGUUUAAAAUCUGGAUGACGCGGGCACAUAGUUUCAAAUCUGAAGGUACUUUUAGGUUUGGAAGUCUAUCUAGUAAGGUUAAGAAAUAGAGAGCAAUGAUCCGAGUAGGUACGAGAUAGGUGGAUUACUUUGAAGUCAGGGUAUAGGUCUAACCAUUCAGGGUACUCAUAAAUCUAUCUAAUCAUUCCAAAAUAAGUUUACUAUUAUUUUGAAGUUAGGUUUGUUUGUCCAUGUGUACCGUGACCCUACAAAACCUAGGUCUAUCAUAUUCAUAGCAUUUAUACAGUCAAUAAAAGCAGAUACUCUUUUGUUUUUGAUUGGAUUGCCCACUAGCUUUUCAGAUGCGUUUGUUACUUCAUUAAAGUCUCCACAAAUUAACUAUGGAAGAUUUAUAAUAUUAGUCAUUUCCUUUAGGUUAGUAAAUAAAAAUAUUCUUGAAUCUUAUGUUAUUUUUUGCAUAUAUAAUAGACAUAAUCCAUGUAGGAGAGGAGGUACUUACCCACACUGUGGCAUGUAUUUCCUGUUCUGAGAGGACCAUUGGUUCGAUUACGACCUCGUGGUUGUUCCACAGCAAGGCUAUUCCUUCAGAGAAACCUGAAGCUGGCACUUGGAUUAAUCAGUGAAUGGAAGUUGUUGCAAUAAAAUAUCAUGAUCAGUCAUACGUUUUUCAGUAAGAGCUAAAACAGAUGGCAUGUUUCCUUGUAGGAUGGCGUCCAGAUUACGCCUGAAGGUGGGAUUGUUUCCACCUCUACAGUUCCAUAGGAGAAUCUUCAUUGGUAGGGGAUUUGUUAAGUUCCCUCCUAGACCUAGGGUCAGAUCCAAGUUCGUUGCAGUAGCUGGACAUAGGUUCACCACAUAUUGUUGUAUUGGUGACUAUGCACAAGAUCUUAUGUUGAGUGGUACCUUGCGCAUGUUUGGAGGUGUUCUAAUGAGAAUUCGUUCUUUUGCAUUUUCGAGAAAUGUUAGUGUUAAGCACUCCUUCGUUAGGAAGAUUGGCUCCAUCACCGGAUCUUGAAUGUGUUGAGGGUUUUCCACCAGUACCGGGACCUGUGGGGGAGGGGAAGUUCCUGUUAUUGAGUGGAACGAUUGAGUUGUUGCUUCCAUCUCCGGCACUAUUUGCUCAAUUUGCGCUGGUGUGAUAGGUGUGUGUAGUGCAUGUAGGACUUGAUUGAGGGACAAGUCUGCAAAGCUGCUUAGUGGGAAUGAGUGCAAGUUGAAGUUCUGUGGUUGUGUGUUGUUGAACGAUUGCAUCAGCAUGUUGCCUAGUGUAAGCAAUUCCUCCUCUUGGACUGUGUAAUUGUAGACUAGUGACUGGUAUGCUUGAAGCAUCUCCGAAGUAUUCAUGUUGUAAGGCUGGACUUCGGGAGGCAGAGUUGGCGUGAGGUGGAUCAAUCCCAAAAAUAGAUAGUUGCACAAGGAACACAAGCAGGGGAAGAUAUGCAAGACUAUGCAUAUUGGUUCAAUUGGGAAAACCAGUACCCAAGGAUAUACUCAAUGGCAAACAUCUCCAAAAAAUACAUUACGAGAUAACAACACCAUUAUGCCAGAGUUGUGGAUGCUUGGGACAUACACUCUACUACUGCACAAAACCCGACAACAUGGACCCAGGUACGUCUACUGCCUCUACUGAAAAUAAAAAAGAAAGAAAGGAAGAAAAAAAAAGGAAAAUGAAAAAAAGAAGAAAAAAUAGAAAAUUCAAAAAAAGAAAAAUACUAGUCAAAAAAAUGAAAUAGAAAAAAUAGAUAAGGGGAAAACCACUGACUCUCAUGAAGGCCGUUGGACAACCGUAGUCUUUCCAAAAUAUAACAGAAAAUAAAAUACCACCUCACCCUUUAAACCACCUCACCCUUUAAACCCAACGUUACCUCACCACAUACCCGCAAUAGCUUUUCAAAUUUAGCAAAUACUUCUGAUGCUGAGACAAUUUUAACAAAUAAGCCAAAAUUAGUAAACAUGGCUACUACACUACCCACGUUCAAAGAUACCCUCAACCCCACCCCUCCUAAAAAUGUGGAAAUACCCAAAACACAUAACAACUCUAUCAACAUUGGUACUACUCAAUCACCCCAACAGGAUACUAAAUCUCCACAAUCCAAAAGUACUACCCUAUCACCUAAUAAAAUUACCAACUCCCCUACACCUAUAAUUCCUUCUCCAAGCAAAACCUUCCAACCGUGUAUGUCAACAUCAACCAAAGCCCUAAACCGUACACAUAAACCAAUCUUCCCACGUCAACCAAACAUCCCUUCAAACCUAAACCAAACAUUUACAACUUCAUCAAUUACUCCAACUAUGCUAGUUGCUACAGACAACACGGACGUUCCCCCUAAGGGAACCGUAAAAGCACUCAUUAGCGCAUUAAAGGAUAACGCAAAAGAUAUACCAUUAUCAAAUCUUGAUGAAUCCAAAAACAGUAUUCCUACCCUACAAUAUCUUCCUUAUUCAAUGCAAACCCAUGUAAAAAAACCUAUUGAACUACUAAGAAUAAGACAUCUGAAAACCAAAAGCAAAUCAACUACUACCCCUCAACACUUAGUCCAUUCAAAUGCUAUAAGAUUACUCCCACUUACUCCUUCCCCUUCAGUUCCUUCAGAAACGAUUACUACACAAAUCAAAACAACAACCCAAAAUGCCUCGCAACAGAAGGUGCUCCCAGAACCAACCUCCACGUCUAAUGAACCAACAACCACAACCUCCAACACGCAACCCACCUGCCUUGGUCCCAUGCACUCUACCUCCACCACCAUGCAUGUUCCAGCUAGCUCCCAUGCCGCUAGGGAACAACACCAUCACACCAUACCAAGCUCCACUGCACUCCCUCAACUACUACCCAUUGCAAGGAAACCAAAUAACGGAAUCAUCAAUAAUAACUGGAAUGGCCAAAACCUAAUCUACCUCACGCCAACUCUGCCUCCCGAAGUCCAGCCUUACAACAUGAAUACUUCGGAGAUGCUUCAAGCAUACCAGUCACUAAUCUAUAAUCACACAGUCCAGGAGGAGGAAUUGCUAAUACCGGGCAACAUGCUGAAGCAAUCGUCCAACACACAACCACAAAACUUCAACUUGCACUCAUUCCCGCUAAGCACCUUGCAGACUUGUCGCUCAAUCAAGUCCUACAUGCACUACACACACCCAUCACACCAGCGCAAAUGUAGCAGAUAGUGCCGGAGAUGGAAGCAACAACUCAAUCAUUCCACUCAACAACAGGAACUUCCCCUCCCCCACAGGUUCCGGAACUGGUGGAAAACCCUCAAAACAUUCAAGAUCCGGUGAUGGCGCCAAUCUUCCUGACGGAGGAGUGCUUAACACUAACAUUUCUCGAAAAUGCAGGAGAACGAAUUCUGAUUCAAACACCUCCAAACAUGCGCAAGGUAUCACUCAACAUAAGGUCUUGUGCAUGGUCACCAAUACAACAAUAUGUGGUGAAUCUAUGUCCAGCUACUACAACGAACUUGGAUCUGACCCUAGGUCCAGGAGGGAAUUUAACAAAUCCCCUACCAAUGAAGAUUUUCCUGUGGAACUGUAGAGGUGGAAACAAUCCCACCUUCCGGCAUAAUCUGGACGCCAUCCUACAAGGAAGCAUGCCAUCUGUUUUAGUUCUUACCGAAACACGUAUGACUGAUCAUGAUAUUUUACUGCAACAACUACCAUUCAUUGAUUUAAUUCAAGUGCCAGCUUCAGGUUUCUCUGGAGGAAUAGCCUUGCUGUGGAACAACCACGAGGUCGUAAUCGAACCAAUGGUCCUCACAGAACUGGAAAUACAUGCCACAGUGCGCAUUUUGCAGAAGAGUGGUAAUUAAGUACCGUUAUUCCAAGCAAAUGGGUUGAGCCACAAGGUUUUUCCAUCUUUAUUGACGCGGAA